GAAAGAGGCAAAAAUUUUCAUGGCAAGAUAGAUAAAUAGUAAGAAUUAGAUUCUUUUGCUAGAGCUACAGAGGGAGCUACGGAAGGCAUACUACGUCUGUCGAAGCAUCAGUACCACUAAGAUGUCAAGAGAAGGUUUUGUUCCACCAACUGCAGCCAACUUGGGUAAUGCUGCCAGUGGUAUCCAGUCCAUUAAAAAUUACGGUGUGAAAUACGUGUGUGCGCAAUGUGCUGUCAACUUCACACUUUCGCCAAAGGAGCCAGUCAGAUGUAAGGAAUGUGGUCACAGAGUUCUUUACAAGGCUAGAACCAAAAGAAUGGUUCAGUUUGAAGCUCGUUAAGGUUUUGGAGAAGCGCUUAAUACUGCUGAUCACAAUGAUGAUAGCAAUGUUUUUUUAUUUUCAUCUCUAAAUAUUUUUCAAUUUUCCCGGAGUGCAGACACAUCCACACCCACACCUGUUUUGAAAGGAACCAGAACAAUUUCAAAAGUAUCUAUAUAGAG